AGAUGUCUAUGCAGCCGAUCUGUCAGGGAUGGAGCUCAUGAUGGAGGAGCCUAGGAUGAAUGGCCUGGUCCCCAGGGGGCUCCCGGAGCCCGAGCAAUCCCAGGCUGAGCUGGAUGGCUUCCUGCCCCAGCCACCCGCAGGGAAGAAGGCCGCCCCGUUCUCCGAUUUUGAGGGGAAGACGUCUCUGGGCAUGUCGGUGUUCAACCUCAGCAAUGCCAUCAUGGGUAGCGGAAUCCUAGGGCUGGCCUAUGCCAUGGCCAACACUGGCAUCCUGCUUUUUUUAGCCCUUCUGUUGUGCAUGGCCCUUCUCUCGGCCUACUCCAUCCACCUCCUGCUCACGUGUGCCGGCUUUAUCGGGAUCCGGGCAUACGAGGAGCUAGGCCACCGGGCCUUUGGGACAUCUGGAAAAGUAGCUGCAGCUGGAGUCAUCUGCCUGCAUAACAUUGGGGCCAUGUCCAGUUAUCUCUACAUCAUCAAGUCUGAGCUGCCCCUGGUCAUUGGGACUUUGCUAGACUCCGAGGUCACCGACUCCUGGUUCCUGAACGGUAACAUUCUCAUCAUCAUCGUGAGCAUUGGCAUUAUUCUGCCCCUGGCCCUCAUGAGACACCUGGGGUACCUGGGCUACACCAGUGGCCUCUCCCUCACCUUCAUGGUCUUCUUCCUUGCCUCUGUGAUCUAUAAGAAAUUCUCCAUCCAAUGCCCCCUGACCAGCGGGAACUGGACCACGGAGCCUCACAGGGGCCUCAAUGAUAGCUGUGAAGUCCGGCUCAUCACCAUCAACUCCCAGACAGCUUACACCAUCCCCAUCCUGGCCUUUGCCUUCGUCUGCCACCCAGAAGUCCUGCCCAUUUACACGGAGCUGCGCAGACCAUCCCAGCACCGGAUGCAGACCGUGGCCAACAUGUCCAUCGGGGCGAUGUUUCUUAUGUAUGGACUGACAGCAACAUUUGGUUACCUCACCUUCUUUGGUCACGUGGAGGCAGAGAUGCUCCACAUGUACAGCCAGACAGACCUGCUGAUCCUCUGUGUAAGGCUGGCCGUGCUCAUGGCGGUCACACUCACAGUCCCUGUCGUCCUUUUUCCGAUCCGCCGAGCUAUCCAGAGACUCCUGUUCCCCUCCAAAGCCUUCAGCUGGCCCCGGCAUGGCACCAUUGCCCUCGGGCUCCUCACCUUUGUCAACAUCCUUGUCAUCUUUGUGCCUAACAUCCGGGAUAUCUUUGGAGUCAUCGGAGCCACGUCAGCCCCCAGCCUCAUCUUCAUCCUUCCCAGCAUUUUCUACAUCCGAAUCAUCCCAAGAGACCGCGAGUCCUUGAUUUCUCGACCCAAGAUCCAGGCAGCCGCCUUCGCAGCUCUGGGCAUUGUGAUUAUGGCCAUGAGCCUGGGCUUCAUCUUCACGGAUUGGGCAGUCACAGGCCAGAGCAAGGGGGCAGGCCACUGACCCAGAAGCCCAGCUGGAACCUCCCUCCCUCGCCCUCCAUCUGGCAUUGGGCAUGCAUGGGGAGAUGUUUGUGUGUCUGGGCUGGGGGGAUGGAGGAGGGAGAAGGACAGGAGAGAGGAGAGGAGGAUUCCUGGGGCUGAGAACAAUCAGCCUGCCUUCCAGAGGAAGGGCCAGGCUGGGCUGGGCUCCCUCCCUGUGGGGAUCAAAGUCCCCAGGAGGAACCGCAGGCCUGGUGUCUCUGGAUCCCUUCCCCUGACAAGCUGGUUUCGUGCUUGAGAAAAUGUAAAGAAUAAAGAGAA